AUGACGUCUUCUAGAAGUCUUCACCCCGAGGUACUUUGGGCACAACGCCAAAAUGAGCUUUAUAUUACCAUAAAUUUAGUUGAUAUUAAAGAUCCUAAAAUUGAUGUGACCAAAGAUAAAAUUUCCUUCGAAGGAAUCGGAGGUACAGAACAGAAACUGUAUCAGUUUGAGCUAAACUUAAAUAAGGAAAUUAAUCCAGAGGCGUCAAAGCGCUCGCAGACUGCACGUAGUAUUAUUCUUGUUCUUGAUAAAGCUGAACAUGGACAAAAAUAUUGGCCACGUUUACAAAAGGAACCAGAAAAUGCUAAUGACGCCGCAAAGACAGACGAACCAAAUGAAGAACCUAACAAAGAGGCUGCUCAAGAAGAAGAGCCUAGCAAGGAAGCAGCAAAGGAUUAA